AUGGAGCCUUUAAACCCUAGAAUCAAACCAGUAAGGAUGGGAAGAAGAAAGAUAGUGAUCCAAAGGAUCGACAACGUUACAAGCAGGCAGAUCACUUUCUCAAAGCGAAGGAAUGGACUGUUGAAGAAGGCGAGGGAGCUCGCUAUUCUGUGUGAUGCAGAAGUUGGAAUGAUCAUCUUUUCAAGCACCGGCAGGCUCAACGAAUUCGCAAGCACAUGGUUAGACAGCACUUCAUAG